AUGAGUACCACCGAGGCCACUAAAAUUGAAUCUAAAUUUAAACAAUUAUUCCUAUAUGUUUUUUCUCUUAUAAUCAGAUUACCAUCAGAGUGUGGGGUGGAUCAUUCCAUCAACAUUGUUCCAAAUAGCAAACCGAUGAACCUACGGCCAUAUUGAUAUUUCUACUUCCAAAAGGACGAAAUUGAUAAACUAGUAUAAGAACUCCUAAUAGUAGAAUUUAUUCAACCCUCAUAGAGCUUUUAAGCCAACCCUAUUUGAUUGGUGAAGAAAAAGUAUGGGAGAUGGCGAUUCUAUGUAGACUAUCAUGCUCAAAACAAGGUUACGACUCCAACAAAAAAUUUAAAUAAUUGAAGUUGUUCUUACUAAAUGUGUCGAAGACAUCUUUAUCUAAGGAGGAGGCUUCGUUGUCCAGGUUCCCAACAGAUACCCUAUACCUAUUGUGGAAUGAGUUGAUUGAUGAGUAGCAAAGUAUGAGUAUUUUCUCUAAGUUGAAUUUUGAAGUCAGGAUAUUAUCAAAUUUGUAUGAAGGCCUUAGACAUCCCAAAGACAACAUUUAAAACCCACAAUAGGCACCGACUACUUUUUAGUCACUUAUGAACGAGCUUAGAUAUGAAUUUAUCUUCAUGCCUUUCGAUUUCUCCAAUACAUUGACUACUUUCUAGUCACUUAUGAAUGAACUAUUUUGGCCUUUUCUAAGGAAAUUUGUACUCAUAUUUUUUAAUGAUCUCUUAGUUUAUAGCUAUAAUCUACAAGAUCAAGAUGAACAUUUGAACAAAUCUUUAUUAUCCUAUCUAAGAACAACUUACAUAUCAAUGUCAACAAAUGUCAAUUUUGUCCAACCUUGUAUUGAAUAUCUAAGCCAUUAGAUUUCUAUUGAAGACAUGGUCACAGACAAAAGAAAGAUCUCAGCCAUGAUCAAUUGGCCACCUCCAAAGAAUAUUAAAGAGCUAAUGAGAUUUUUGGGCCUCACGGAUUAUUACAAGAAAUUUGUGACCAACUAUGCCUCAAUCGCUUGACCCCUAACCUGAUUACUCAAGAAGAACUCUUAUACAUGGAGUCUAUCUUCUCAAGCAACAUUUUUCCAGCUUAAAAAGACAAUGACUUCUACACCUGUUCUUAUUUUAUCAGAUUUUACAUUACCUUUUGUUCUUGAAACAAAUGCAUCCGACCAUGGAAAAGGUGAGGUACUAAUAUAA